AUGGGCGGAGCACCGUAUAGGUCAAAAGGAUGCAAUACAUGCCGCCGGCGGAAAGUAAAGUGCGACGAGACCAAGCCCGAAUGUCUGAGGUGCAUUAAAAACGGCCACGCUUGCGCCGGAUACGAGCGAAACCGAGUGUUUAUUCACAACUCUGCCGAGACAAGGACUGUUGUUCGGCGGCCCCGAGAAUCUACCAGGGGAAAAGGUGCACGCGCACCUGACACGGACCCCGAUAUUCCUCGAUUUGAUGUCAAUGCUGGAAUUCGCACUCAGUUUGUCGCCAACUUCCUUGACCUGUUUACGCCAUCAACCAAAGUCCGUGAUGGAAAGGAUCAAGCAAGCAUCCAUUUGCAAGACACGUUUCCUGAGUUCAUCGGAGGCAGUGUCGUCCUCGAUAAAGCAGUCACAGCUCUUGGCUCGGCCUUCUUGGCUAAGCGACAACAGGAUUAUCAUCUGCUACAGUACAGUACACGGCUUUAUGGGGAAGCCCUGCAGAUUGUACAUAACCGGAUUCGCAUGGGUCGAAAAUGCGGCCAGGACUCGCUAUUCGCCACGGUGAUCUUCCAAUUGUACGAGAAUCAGUUGAUCAAUUGCUCGCCCCUGGGGUUUCGCGGAUGGCUGGCUCACAUACAGGGGAGCAACGCCAUUCUCGCUCAAUACGAAUCUCCCGGCCCGCCCAGCAUGAUGGAGCAUCUAUUCCGUCGCCAGCUCAAAUUCGUGACGAUAUGUGAUGCCGUUGGAAUGCGCAAAUCGGCAUAUAGCUAUAGUUCUUUCUGGCAAAAUCCGCCUAAGAACGAACCCUGGCGCGAACCGGUGGAUGGCAUUCUCGACGCAUUAAUUGAGUGCUCGGCUGUCAUGGAACAAGUGGAUUACCUCCUUCAACAGGGAAACUCGGACUCAGAGCAUGACAAACAAGCCGGGGAGCAAUUGCUCGGUUCUUGCUUGUCGUUGAGGGAUCGACUCGACGCCGGGUUCUGCGAGAUGCAGAGAAGGCUAGGUACCCCGUGGUCAUCGUCAUCUCAGCCUCCCUUUUGGAGCACGCUGGAUCCCUCCAUCCCCCAGUACCUAUUCCCAGACACGAUUGAAUACCCGUCUCUGACGUGCGCGGAUUCGCAUUUACUUUACUGGACUACCUUCAUUCUCCUCUACCCGUUGAUCGAUCAGUUGCUCCAGUUUCUCGAGCGAUCCCAUCGUGACGUCUCAUUCACGCUGUUCAGUGUCCCGUCAUCUGCACCGAGAGAUGGCUCGCCUGGCGCAUGGAACACAGAUCUUUCUGAUGAUCUCCUCGCCGUGGCUGAUCACUACGCGAACCAUAUUUGCCGCUCCGCCAAGUAUUUGGUCCAGCCCGAAACAAAGGCAAUGGGUGCGCAACUCCUGUUGGCCCCGUUCAGUCAGGCCACUCAAUUCUAUCACAGCCAGGCCGCCAUUGAUAAACACCGGUGGUGCCAAGCUGUAUUCAUGCUUCUUCCACAGCUGGGAUUUGGCAUCGCGCCAUUUCUCAAGGACAUGAUCUGGCCCAGGUAUGAAGCAUCUACGCCCAAGAAGCUUCCGUCUCUAGAAGUGGAGGCCGGCUAG